AUGGUCAGUACAAGACGGACCGGGCGCGCGAUCGGUUGUGACGGCGAGCGGCGCGCGGGCAGUAAGGGCGAGGUCAGGAUGCGUGGCAGAGCAUCCAGGAUAGCAGCAGCAACGCCCACCGGGCCGAGGGUAUCAACAUCGGUGCUGGAUGAUCGACGACGACACCAGCGCGAGUGUCGCGCGUGCGGUAAUGCACACGAUGUAGUGACCUGCAAGUUUGCUCGCUACGUGUGUCGAGUGUGCAAUAAACAAGGGCAUUUACAAAGGAUAUGUCCUUAUCUAGCAGGACAACACAGCCUCAACGUGGUGCAGAGUGAGACUGACAGUUUAUUAAACAGUGAAGGAAGUGACGAGGUAAUGGUUUGCAUUAAUCAAUUAAGCGUUAGUCAUUACAAACCAUUGUUUAUAUCAUUAACAGUACACGGUAGGGAUGUUCAAAUGGAAUGUGAUACAGGCAGUGCCGUUUCAUGUAUUAGCUACGAGUUAUAUAAACAACAAUUCAGUAACCUAAAACUGAAUAUGUGUCCUUUGUUGCUAAGGUACUAUACGGGUGAACAAGUGAAACCUGUAGGUGUGAUAAGGCCUUUAGUAAAGUACAAAGAUAAAGAAAAGCAUCUCGAUUUAUAUGUUAUUAAAAAUGGUAAAAGUAUAUUGUUAGGCAGACAAUGGUUGGCAGAACUCAAUAUACAGUUACCCCCAUUUGGAAGCUUAAACUGUUUAUCGAAUGAUGUUUUUAACUUAAACGAUUUCAGUUCCAGAUAUUGUAAGGUGUUCGCGGACGGCCUGGGACGGUUCACUGGGCCGCCGGUGAGCAUCCGUGUGCGGGAGGGAGCGCAGCCCGUGUUCAUGCGAGCACGUCCGCUGGCUUAUGCGUUGCGUGCACCCGUGGAGCGCGCACUCGAGCAGCUGGUGGCGGACGGUAUUCUCACACCCGUCGACCGCUCCGACUGGGCGACUCCCAUUGUGCCCGUAGUGAAAAAAGACGGUAACAUUAGGAUUUGCGCCGAUUAUAAGUUAACUUUAAAUAAAGUUAUAGAAGUCGACCGUUAUCCUUUGCCUAGAGUAGAAGACUUACUGGUACGUUUACAAGGGGGGCAGAGGUUCAGUAAAAUUGACCUUUCACAAGCUUACGCACAAUUUGUACUUGACGAAUCUGCCAAAUAUACGGUGAUCAACACACAUAAAGGUUUGUUUAGGUAUAACCGCUUAGUAUACGGCUUAUCAUCAAGCCCUGGCAUUUUUCAAAAACAUUUAGAGCUAUUAUUUAAUCUACCGUAUGUAGGCGUAUUUUUGGACGAUAUAAUUAUUACAGGGCGCAACACAGAGGAGCAUAUUAGUAAUUUACAUAAAGUAUUUGACCGUUUGCAGUCGUACGGACUUCGAGUUAAAAAGGAAAAGUGUGUAUUUUUUGCUGAAUCAGUCAAUUACUUAGGUUAUGUAAUUAGUAAGGAUGGUAUUCACACUUGUCCGGAUAAGAUUAAGGCAAUAGUAGACACUCCCGUUCCUACGAACGUAGAAAUUACUUAUAUUAACUUCGUUGAAAAUUUUUUACCGGUUACUAAUGAGGAUGUUACGAAGGCGACUUCAAAGGAUAUUAUUCUUAGUAGAAUUUUCGCCUAUAUCAAAUCGGGUUGGCCGACAGUUUGCCCUGGUGAAGAGGUUAAACCUUAUUUUGUUAGGCGCAAUGAACUAUAUUUAGAUAACGGGUCGAUUAUGUGGGGGUAUAGAAUGGUAAUACCUUCAUAUUUACGUCCAAUUAUUUUAAAACAACUACACAGCAGCCACAUGGGUAUUGUGAAAACUAAGGGGCUGGCACGGAGUUAUGUGUGGUGGCCGAACAAAGAUGCGGAUGUGGAAGCGCUAUGCCGAAGCUGCGAGACCUGCGCCUCUGAGGCGGACGCCCCGCCGCGCGCGCCUCCUAACCCCUGGCCCUACUUGCCUCCCUGGUCUAGAGUUCACAUAGACUUCCUAGGACCGUAUAAAGGUAAAACUUAUUUAGUUCUAAUAGAUUCGAGCUCGAAAUGGCUUGAAAUUAUUGAAGUAGCGCGAACGAAUGCGACUUCCAUUGUUACGGUGCUGAGGUCAAUAUUUGCAAAAUUCGGUUUGCCCUUAGAACUAGUGUCUGACCAGGGACCGCCUUUCACAAGUAUUGAAUUUAAAAGUUUUUUGAAAAAUAAUGGCAUUCAGCAAAGGUUUUCACCGGCGUACCACCCUGCAUCUAAUGGGGCAGCGGAAAAUGCUGUUAAGCUGUGUAAGAGGGCAAUUAAAAAGGCUUAUAGGGAUGACGUAGAUAUUGAUACCGCCCUACAAACCUUUUUACUAAGCUAUCGCAACAGUAAGCAAAGCACCACGGGUGAGAGCCCAGCGAUGCUGCUGCAGCGACGUUCCUUGCGUUCACGGUUGGAUUUACUUCGCGGUGGGUACGUGGUGCAAGCGCGUGUGCUCGAUGCUCAGCAGCGUCAAGUCGAAUAUGCGGGUGGUGUUCCGCGUAAUUUCUCUUUGGGAGACACCGUCUGGAGUAGGGACUACGGCACCCGGGAUAAAUGGGUCAAGGGCACGGUAGCCCAGAAAGAAGGUUCUGGAAGAUACGUUCUCGACAAUGGUGACGGUCGACUUAUUAAAAGACAUAUUGAUCAAAUAAGACGUAGGUCGCGCUUAUCCGAUGUUACCUGUCCAGAUAUCACUAAUGAGGUCGAUGAAAAGGAUGAGGAGGAGUUUGCAGAUGCGUCUUCAGAGUUGCAAACGAAGGUCGCGGUUUCGGCUGGAAAAGAUGACGUGGAUACCGAGCACGUGGCAGAUACGCAAUGUCCCAGCGAGACUGUACCAGGCCCCGCCACUCCUCCACAACCACAGCCACCGUCGCGGCCAGUGACCCGUUCCAGGCGAAUCCGAAAACCCGUAAUUAAAUUCCAAUGUUAG